AGAUUAAAAGGAUUCCGAAUUCCGAUCAGUCCCAAUAACCGGCGUACUGCGAGGAGGAGCAGGAGGAAGAGGCGGCAAGGCAGAGAAAGGGGUCGUGCGCGCGCACGCACGCAUCCUGAGCUGGGGGAGUUGUGCGACGCCCCAGGAGGCCAGGGCACCGCGAGAGCAAAGCCCGGCAGGCGCAGCGCACCCUGGGCCACCCGCGUCCCGCCCGGCGACUGGUUUUAGAAAGAAGAUGACGCAGGCAGGAGCCGGCAGCAUUAGCUACGCGGCUCUAAAACGCGCCGCGCGGGGCCGUUGCCGGUUCCACUGAUUCCAGCACGCCUGGGAGGAGGCUCGUCCCGAGGCUCGGGAUCGGAGUGGGGGGGACCAACGCGAGGGCGAAAUGGCCCGAUGACAAAGGAAAUGUGAUCCCCCUCCGCUGCCAAGGUUUCAGAGAGGACGGACGUGAGGAGGAGGAGGGGCGCAGAGCGCGCGCGGAGCUCGGAUAGCAUUGCACGACGGCCCGCGUGUAACGGACAGCGAGUACAUCUAAUAUCUUCCUGCCGAUAAAUAAUUAACGGCGGCCAGCGGAGACCUGCGGCCCCGUGCUGUUUGGCGGCUAAGCGGGAGACUAAGCAGUGCGCGGGAGGCUCCCAGGCCCGGCCAGGCCGGGGCACGAGGGCCCCGGGCGCCGCGUGGGGCGCGCGUGCGUGUUAGCGCGGGCAGCCGCAGUCCGGCUGGGCGGGCGCGCGGGAGACUCGAAGCGCGUGGAACGCGCGUGCGUAUUGCACGCGUGCGGCUGCUGCUCGGCCCGCACGAGGUACAGCUGCGUCGGCCCCACCGCCUUGCAGGAGAGGCAGCGCCUGACCGUGCGCAAGCCCCGAGCGCUGCAGGCCGGGCCACCCAGGAGCCCUUGGCUGCCGCGUCAUGCUUUGGGGCGGCCGGCGUCGCGCGGGGGGUCACGGGCUUGGCAACUUACUGCUCCCGCCUUUAACGAGUUUGGGGAUCCUUCCCUUCUCAAGAGACUAAAUUUAUUUAAAGGAAAGCAACACACCAAAUACUCGUUGAACCAAAUUCUGUUCUCGCCAGGACUGGGGCUUCACAGCGGACUCUCCAUUUGGGGACUCCUCGGUUAGCGCGAAGCGAAGCCCUAGCUGCUCCAGGGUGCACGCUGACCUCCCAAGCCCCAGCUUGCCCCUCGCUUGUCGGGGCUUGUUCCGCGUUCCGCUUCGAAAAGUACUCGGUCCCCCGUGUCCUCCGGGAGGAAUCUUGUCACCCCUGGAGGGUGGCAUUUAGUUCCCGUAGUGUUGGGGCUGGCAACACGCAGCCCAGACGUUGUGAGGCCCGAGGCUGCGUCGGUCUGAUGUCGGCUCCCGGAUUGCAGGCCUAAUCGAUGCAUUUUUCUGAGUGAGUCGGUGGCUCCCCCCACCCACCUCGUCCGCUCUUUCUCCUCCUCCUCUCUGGUCUCCUCCCUCCUCUGGUCCUGGUUGCAAAUGGCUUCUUUUCCCGAGACUGACUUCCAGAUCUGCCUGCUCUGCAAGGAGAUGUGCGGCUCGCCGGCGCCGCUCACCUCCAACUCGUCCGCGUCAUCCUCGUCCUCGCAGACGUCCACGUCUUCCGGGGGCGGUGGCGGGGGCCCCGGGGCGGCGGCGCGUCGUCUGCACGUCCUGCCCUGUUUGCACGCCUUCUGUCGGCCCUGUCUCGAGGCGCACCGGCUGCCGGCGGCUGGCGGCAGCGCUCCGGGAGAGCCGUUCAAGCUGCGCUGCCCGGUGUGCGACCAGAAAGUGGUGCUGGCCGAGGCGGCGGGCAUGGAUGCGCUGCCUUCGUCUGCCUUCCUACUCAGCAACCUGCUUGACGCUGUGGUGGCUACGGGAGACGAGCCGCCUCCCAAGAACGGACGCGCCGGCGCCCCAGCGAGCACAGGCGGCCACAGCAACCACCGGCACCACGCGCACCCGCGUGCGUCCGCUUCCGCGCCGCCACUGACGCCCGCGCCCCAGCCACCCGCGCCCACGCGACCCUCGCAGGGAGGCCCGGCCACCUCGCCGUCGGCGCUGCUGUUGCGCAGACCCCACGGCUGCAGCUCGUGCGAUGAGGGUAACGCGGCUUCGUCACGCUGCCUCGACUGCCAGGAGCACCUGUGCGACAAUUGCGUUCGGGCGCACCAGCGUGUGCGCCUUACCAAAGACCACUACAUCGAGCGUGGCCCUCCGGGGCCCGCGGCCGCGGCUGCGGCGGCGCAGCAGCUCGGACUCGGGCCGCCCUUCCCUGGCGCGCCCUUUUCCAUACUCUCGGUGUUUCCCGAGCGCCUUGGCUUCUGCCAGAACCACGACGACGAGGUAUUGCAUCUAUACUGUGACACAUGCUCAGUGCCCAUCUGUCGUGAGUGUACGAUGGGCCGGCAUGGUGGUCACAGCUUCAUCUACCUCCAAGAGGCGCUACAGGACUCCAGGGCACUCACCAUCCAGCUGCUGGCAGAUGCACAGCAGGGUCGCCAGGCAAUCCAGCUGAGCAUCGAGCAGGCCCAGACAGUGGCAGAGCAGGUGGAGAUGAAGGCCAAGGUGGUGCAGUCGGAGGUGAAAGCUGUUACUGCAAGGCAUAAGAAGGCCCUGGAGGAGCGUGAGUGCGAGCUGCUGUGGAAGGUAGAGAAGAUCCGCCAAGUGAAAGCCAAGUCUCUAUAUCUGCAGGUAGAAAAGCUACGGCAAAACCUCAACAAGCUGGAGAGCACCAUCAGUGCUGUCCAGCAGGUCCUAGAGGAGGGUAGGGCACUAGACAUACUGCUUGCCCGAGACCGGAUGCUGGCCCAGGUUCAGGAGUUAAAGACUGUGAGGAGCCUCCUGCAGCCCCAGGAAGAUGAUCGGGUUAUGUUCACACCUCCUGACCAGGCACUGUACCUUGCCAUCAAGUCCUUUGGCUUUGUUAGCAGUGGGGCUUUUGCACCUCUCACUAAGGCCACAGGUGAUGGCCUCAAGCGGGCCCUCCAGGGUAAGGUGGCCUCAUUCACUGUCAUUGGCUAUGACCAUGAUGGUGAGCCCCGCCUCUCAGGAGGUGACCUAAUGUCAGCUGUGGUGCUAGGCCCUGAUGGCAACCUGUUUGGGGCAGACGUGAGUGAUCAGCAGAAUGGAACUUACGUGGUGAGCUACCGGCCCCAGCUUGAGGGUGAGCAUCUGGUAUCAGUGACCAUGUGCAACCAGCAUAUUGAGAACAGCCCCUUCAAGGUGGUGGUCAAGUCAGGCCGCAGUUAUGUGGGCAUUGGGCUCCCGGGACUGAGCUUUGGCAGUGAGGGUGACAGUGAUGGCAAGCUCUGUCGCCCUUGGGGUGUGAGUGUAGACAAAGAGGGCUACAUCAUUGUCGCUGACCGUAGCAAUAACCGCAUCCAGGUGUUUAAGCCCUGUGGCUCCUUUCACCACAAAUUUGGCACCCUGGGAUCCCGGCCUGGGCAGUUUGACCGACCUGCUGGAGUGGCCUGUGACACCUCCCGGAGGAUUGUAGUGGCUGACAAGGACAAUCAUCGUAUCCAGAUCUUCACCUUUGAGGGCCAGUUCCUCCUCAAGUUUGGUGAGAAAGGAACCAAAAAUGGGCAGUUCAACUAUCCUUGGGACGUAGCAGUGAAUUCUGAGGGCAAGAUCCUGGUCUCUGACACCCGUAACCAUCGGAUUCAGCUGUUUGGGCCUGAUGGGGUCUUCUUAAAUAAGUACGGCUUCGAGGGGGCCCUCUGGAAGCACUUUGACUCCCCAAGGGGUGUGGCCUUCAACCAGGAGGGUCACUUGGUGGUCACUGACUUCAACAACCACCGGCUGCUGGUUAUUCACCCUGACUGUCAAUCAGCUCGCUUCCUGGGCUCUGAGGGCACUGGCAAUGGGCAGUUCUUGCGUCCACAAGGCGUGGCGGUGGAUCAGGAAGGACGCAUCAUCGUGGCUGAUUCCAGGAACCACCGGGUACAGAUGUUCGAGGCCAAUGGCAGCUUCCUGUGCAAGUUUGGUACUCAGGGCAGCGGCUUUGGGCAAAUGGACCGUCCUUCUGGCAUUGCUAUUACCCCUGAAGGAAUGAUCGUUGUGGUGGACUUUGGCAACAAUCGAAUCCUCAUCUUCUAAUUGCAUCUACUAGGUUUCUAUGUCUGGGUUGUGCGUGUGUGUGUCUCUCAUUGAAUUUCAAAGAAGAAGCAGCAGUCUCAGGGAAAUUUUUUUCUUUCUUUAUUUUAAAGAGAACAAGAAAGUACAACAUUGCUUAAUUCCUACCUCAUCUUUAUUUUUUUACAGAUGAAUGUACUUAUCUUUUGUGCAGGGAUUGAGCCUGUGAAGUGAUAAUUUCUAUCUACCUCAUAUGUCUUCACAUUUCCUUCUCCAACAGGCUGUCUUCCCUUACCCAGUGGAGUCUUCAUUUCCCUCUUCCCUGGUAUGGGGCGUGAAAUGCACAAGCCUAGCAUCU